UGUUACGUGCACGUCUCGUAUUCGGAUUCGUGUGUGGUGCCGCGGUAUGUACUUUUGAUAAAAACGGAUAUUCCGUGAGUUCUCGUGCAAGUAAGAGAUCAGGGAAGCUAUUAGGUGUCGCGACUUAUCGCGUCGCGAGCGGCUGUUCCCGCCCGGUCGCGCGCGCGUUGCAACUUGAUCUGCAGUAAUUUCUCAAUUAAAAUCAUCUGUAUCACGUAACACAGUCGAAAUAUAUCUAGUGAUUGAGUGCGCGCGAUCGAGAAAAAACCACGGUCGGGUCAUCGUCACGUCGAUCUCGAAUCGCCUUUCAUUUUCCUUCAUCCACAUUUCUCUCCGUGCAUCUCGCGGGAUUCUGGUGACAUCAAAGGGACCGUUCUCCAUCGGGAUUUUGCUAUAUCGAGGUUAUGACCUAGAAUGAGUUCACAAAUGGAUCAUCGAAGAAUAACAUCGACGGGAUGCAAAUAAAGUGCAUGAUUGAAUAAUGCAUUGUGAAGCGGUGAUUUUACGCUAUCAUUGUUAUGAUAUAGCCCGAGAAGAAGGAUGCAGCACGGAAAAGGAGGAUAGAAAACACGGAACGCUCGAAAAGGUGUAUGUACAGAUCACUGGUGUCUCGUUUUUGCAUCGUAAAAAGACACGGCUACAAUAAAAAGCAGAAGUGGAGACGGACACGUGUGCGGAAGGAUACGCGGUCCAUAUCCGGCCCGCCAUCCUGGCGGCAUGGUCCUUUGGGCCACAAUACUAAUCCUUCAAGGAGCUGGAUUCGUAGGCUCGGUGACAGGCAUCCCCGGCGUCCCGGAAAACAUAACGGUGAUGUUCUUGAAUCCGACGUCUGUGCGCGUGUCUUGGAGCACCAGCCAGGUCGAGCAGGUCGAAAAAUAUGACGUCACAUACAAGCCAACAGACGCCAGUUACAGGGUGGUGGCGGUGGUCGCAGGAAACAGCGAAGCAGUCACCUUGAGCGGCCUUCGGGCUGACACGCAAUAUCAACUGGUUGUAACUGCCGUGAGAGCUGGAAAGAAGUUCCGAAGUCGACCGAUCGUCUUCCGUACACUCGGUAAGCUUUACCCAUCUCCGUCAUCACGGUCACAAGUGACAGAGCCACCACGCACGUCACCGCAGCAAGAUAACACGGUAACCGGUGGUCCUCUUCCUCCACCUCCACCGUCCUCGCAACAACCUCAACCGUAUAUACAAAUCCGCGGCGUCGAGGUGGGCAUAGUAGUGUUAGUGCUGAUAGUUUGGGCGGGCGCGAUAGCGUUGUUCUUCAAUCGCUGGGGCAAGAUCCGCAUGCUGCUGCCUUAUCAGCCCGAUUACAAGGAGCAGCUCAAGGUUCCCGGCACCGGUGUAUGCACGGCUGCGAACGCCUCGUACACCCAGCAUCCGACGCAGCACGCGUGUUCUCAGCAUCUGCACUGGUCGAGCCAUCACGUGGACUCCAUAGACAGCACCGCAGCUUUAGGCUGGCCGAGAGCCUCGAGGCCGCGUGUCAACAGUGCCAUCGACGUGGCUGGCUUCCUAUCGCAGGAAUUUUUACGCCGCCACGGAUCCACGUCGAAGUUAUGUCGUAAGGUUCGCAGUGCAGAUAACUUGCCUUUCGCAUCAACGAAUCGCCACGAUCUACGAAGAAACUCUAAGGAGGACGCCGAAGGCGACCGGGAAUCCUUCCUGAAACCAAAUCAAGACGACAAGUCUGAGGAUCAAGAUUCGAGAAGACAAAGCAGUCUCGAGAGUGCAACGAAGGACAAUACGGAAAUAUCGCUGUUGGAUCCCAGUCAUCAACAGCCAUCUUUGAGAGAUUCUCCGGUGGCAUCUUCGUCAUUGGUCACCAGACGUUUCGGGGGAUGGCGUACUAGCGGAAGUCACGAAUACGUCAGAUGCCCCGUGCGGCAGCCUGCUUCCAUGGAUGAACGGUGUUAUCGGCGAUCAUACGAUACCGAGGUCACUCGUCCGCCACGGUAUCAUCAUUAUCGUCGUCGCGCGGACACCGACCGACACACGAAGAGUUGCGACUACGCGAGGCGGGCAACCACGGAAUCGAGUAUCGAGGUACAGCAUUUCGGUCUGCCGAUUCUCAGCGUGAGCGAACCUAGUCCGCCAGACGAGAGCGAACGCGUUGAUGACUAUUUGUAGGAUUUGCUUGCCGAGGACUUCCUGAAGGAGCUCCUCGUGUAACUCGCCCGGCCAAUUCUCUCAUCCCGGUCCAGUCUCGUUCUUAAUCGCGCGGUUAAUCGUGUGUUACGCGAUCUCGCGUCCGGACAAGAUUUGCCUCCCUCGAGUAUUCGCUGUGCAUCACCAAUCGUUCUGCGCGGAAUCGACUACGCGUCACGUUCUUCGGUGGAUCAUGAUCGAUCCGAACAAGUUUAGCGAGAGCGCGGAUUUCUCGAUUGCAUGCGGUUUGUCUCUGUUCGUUGUAAGCGGUACUCUCGUACGUAUCUAUUUUAGAAGGAUUCAAAGAAAUAUAUUUGCUACUUGUAUGAUAUCAUAGGAACUGCGCAGCUACGAGGAGUAUUCGCAUUGGUGUGUGUGCUUGUGAUCGGAUUUUAUUUCUUAACAUGUUAUAGGUAUUAUGCUAAAUAUCGAUUAUUUUUUUCAACAUAAUGUCUCUCUGCUCAUCAUACUCUUUCCAAUACUUUAAAAGUCUCCUGGGGAUGUUAUAUACAUAUACGUAUAUUAGAAAACAAUUGGUGUUAAAUUCUAUAUUUUUCAUAACACGAAAAAUAUAAAGGCAAGGAUCAUAUUUGACCACCUUUUGUAUCAUAUUAUUUUUAGAGCAUAAUGUGGCUUGGUGGAUAAUUUCGUUACUUUAUUAUCGCUAAUGUGAAUUAAUUGAAACUCCAAUUAAUUUGACUUAAUGGAAAACGCUCACAAGCUGUCAGUUUGAAGUCUCGGACGCGAGUGAGAAUUAUAAUAAACUUGCUGCACAUUUUUACUUUUAGAAUCUUAUAUAUUUUGAUGUAUUGAGAGAUUGCUUACUUAUAGAUUUACCUACAUUCUUCUCUAUACACGAACAAAUGCGUAAUAAUGCGUAUAUAUUUUCUUCCACACUUUACAUUUCUUCUUUCUACGCGUACUAUAAAAUUCGUUAUUAAUGAGAAUAUGAGAAUUCAGCAAUACUGAAACUCAAGUAUUCUAAUUCCGAAAUUAGAUAUGGAGAUUGUUUCAAUUUAAUAGUAAAGUUAUGUACAGAUUAAAGACUGGCUGUUUAUUCUUAAAUAUAUGUCGCUUUGUUAUGAAUUUUAAAUAUUGUUGAUAUAUGAAUUUCUAGACUUCUCUCUCGGUAAUCUUUAAAGUUGUGUCAUAAAAUAUUUUAUCUUACAAAGUUAGCAUAAAACAACAUAUCAUAUCUUAAAACCGGAUAAAACUGGCUGUUGCAAAAUUCAAUUACGUAAACAUGAAAUAAAUAUCAUCAUAAUAUGAAGAAUUAUAUUCAAACUACAAUACUAGUCGAAAUUGCAAGUUAUUUUCAUAUUAUCUUAUUAUACGGUAUCUAAACAUAUAAUGUUAAACUAAUAUACCAUAUAUGCAUCUAUAUCGCAUAUCAUUAAAAGAGUUGAAAGAAUACUCGAAUAUUAAUCACGCAUAUAUAAUUUUAUUAAGGGAUUUUGAAUAUCGAUCGAAAUCCAAAGAAUAAAUUUCGCGCAUUUCCACGUUACCGAAGCCUAUAUGGGCCAAAACGUCUGUGAUAAAUGCACAUUUUUAGCCCGUAAUAAGCUUGACGUCCCGGAAAUGUUAUUCUGAGUUAAGUGAUAAGGAUCAUACAGUUUGCAUCUUACUUGCACGAAAAGCUAGCGAUAAUUCUAGCGUGCAAUUAAAUUACUUUAACUACAUCGAACGUAUGUAUAUGUAUAUGUAUCUCUCGUUUCUCAGUAGUAAAAGUAAACAUGCAAUCUUGAGUACUCGAAAUUAUACACCUCGACCACUUAAAAUACUAUAUCAUCGUACGGCAUGUAUCGCAACAUAUAGAAUGUCUUGAAUCAGUGGUAAUUUAUUAAGAAAACGUGCAACUGUGGUCAAAAGCAUCCUAUAUGUUAGGUGCGUUACCGCUUAUAGAACUGAUUUAUUUUCGCAUUGUCUCUUCCAAGCGACAAUUCCGCAUUUUCGCGUAUGAAAAUUUUCGACGUGUAAAUACCUGAAAGUUCGAAAUAUAUUCUAAUUCUUUGCGCAAACCGAACAGUUACGUAAGUUAAUCUUAUGCUGUAUGAAAAUUAAUUAUACAGAUCAUACUAAAAUUUCUUAAUAACAUUUUCAUGAUAAUAUUAAUCAUCAAUUAAAGGCCAAGUUGUAUCAUCUAAUUACAUAUAUGUCAAUAUUGGAAAUAUAAUAAAAGACGAAAAAGAAGUAGGAUAAAAUUAUUUAGUGAUGUUGAUAGCAGAAAGUUUCCUAGCAAAAAUUUUACUUUACUCUAAGAAAAUACACGUUAAUCCAUUUUCACAUAUAAUUAAGCUGUACAUUGAUUUUGUCUACGACUUAAGCAAAGUUUUAGAAACAACUUAACAUCUUCAGGUAUCUACGCGAUUGUAAAGCUCUUCAUUUAAGUGCACGCGAAAGCGCGAUUCUUGAUAAGAGAUUCUAUCGCGGAUGAACUACAAGAAUUUCUCUCUUCAAAAGGACGGAAUAUUGAGAAAAAAAUUUCUCCUUCGGCCGGUUUACCAUUUAUCAGGAUUUACUUCAUAACGUGGGAACAAUAUAGAUUGUGUAAUAAUGUGUGCGACAGAUAUUCGUGCGAAAUUGUGAUUACGUGCUCCGGAUUAUCAAGAACCCUAUCCCAUGACACAGCGCCUUAACGGUCGAUUAGAGAGCAAUUGCAUCAGCUUUUUCCAUGAUCACAAUCAUUACUAUACGAAACACGUGCCUCACCGCUGCCAAUCUUCCUCAACUUCGCAUCUUUGGACCAAUUGUUGUAGGAAGAAAGGGUCAUAUUUACGAAAAUUAAUUUUGUUUAUUAGAACAUGCAGAAAUGUUUAUACGAAAAUAUAUGGUCAAGUUUUUACAAUAAACAAAACAUUGGAAUAGGUAAAAAUCUUGCUACAAACACACCAUCAAAUCUUUUCUUAAAUCUUAUAAAAGUAUUAUGAUUCAUAACUGCGAGAUAUUGAGAAUAAUUAAA